AUGGCCUCUCUUAUACUAUGGGGACUUGCCAGUAUAAUCGUCUGGUUUGCCCUGCGAAGCAUAUAUCGACUCUACUUCCAUCCCCUAAGCAAGUUCCCCGGUCCAAAAUUGGCUGCAAUCACCAGUGGCUAUGAGUUCUACUACAACGUGGUCCGGCGCGGCAUGUUCAUUUGGGAGAUCGAGCGGAUGCACCAGCAGUAUGGCCCCAUUAUACGGGUCAGCCCGCGGGAAAUCCAUAUCAAGGAUCCAGACUACUACGACGAAAUCUAUGCCUCUAGCGCACGCAAGCGCGAAAAAGAUCCCGUGGUAGUUGCGCAAUUCGGCCUCGACGGGUCUGCAUUCUCAAGUGUCUCCCCCGAAGACCAUCGCCAGCGCCGCGCACCACUCGACAAAUUCUUCUCCAAACAAGCCGUCACCAACAUGGAACAUAUCAUUCACGAGUGUCUGGACAAGCUCUCCCGACAUCUCCAAGACGCCUGCGAGUCGCACAGAGCCGUCAGUCUGGAUGCGGGAUUCGCUGGCCUGGCAUCCGACGUCAUCCACCAGUAUGCCUGGGGCUUCAACAGCGGAAACCUCGACGCUGAAGACUUCAACGAGCACGUCCGGGACGGAAUAAGUGGGCUCUUCCGCAUGGCUCAUGUCAUGUUUUUCUUCCCCAUUCUGCAAACAAUCACCAACGCCAUGCCUCUAUGGCUGCUGGAAAAGGUGAACCCGUUUGCGUUCGCCAUGGCGAGUCAAAAACACGAUCUGUACCAGAGAGCAGUAGCAGCUCUGCAUAAUAGCGGAACAAAAUCUGGCAGAGGUUCGAUUAUCGACGCUAUUGCUGGGCCGUCCAUGCCGGCGAACAUGAGGACACCGGAGCGCCUCAUGAAUGAAGGGUUCUCGUUGAUUAUCGGGGGCACAGAGACAACAGCCCGGUCUCUGUCUCUCUGCUUUUACAAUCUGAUCACCAAUGAGCCCGUGAGAACAAAGCUGCGAGAAGAGCUACGGCAGGUCAUGCCGGCACCUGAUAGCCAGCCGACCUGGAACCAGCUUGAGAAGCUGCCAUAUCUGUCUGGAGUCGUCCUUGAAACUCUGCGUCUGUCAACCGGAAUCGCAAGUCGAUCUCCACGGAUAGCACCUACCGAGGCUUUGGAAUAUAAAGGUUAUGUGAUACCUCCGGGGACUCUGGUCAGCGAGACAAACUAUUUUAUAUUGAUGGAUCCGAACAUCUUCCCUGAACCUCACGUCUUUGAUCCUGAAAGAUGGAUGCGAGCUGCUGCCAAGGGAGAGCGAUUAGACCGUUACCUUGUCAACUUCUCCAAAGGGAGCCGGAUCUGCUUAGGGAUGAACCUGGCCUAUGCGGAACUCUUCCUCGUCAUUGCAACGAUGAUACGCCGAUUUGACUUUGAACUCUAUCAGACUUCGAAGAAAGAUAUCGACUUCGUCCGUGAUUUCGGAACCCCAUACCCUGACGAAGGCAAUUUUGGCAUAAAAGCAAUUGUUACGAGGGUUCUUAAUGAUUGA